CUUGCAUCAAAAGCACGCGGGCCGAAGCACAAGUGGUCUGACUUUUCAGUUUUCAUCAAUUGCUCACUACUUGCAUCAAAUUGCUCUCAUCUUCAUCAUAAAAUUAAAAAAAAAAUCAGACUUUCAACGAAAGCUGCCAUCAUCGUAUAGAUACGCAGAGACAGGGUAUUGGGGGCCGGGUAAAGAAGAGAAGAGAUUCGAGGGUAAAAAAAGCGGAACGAAAAAGACCCAUCUAGGGAUAACGGUGGCGGCGCAGAUGUCAAAUGACGACGGCAGGGCUGGUGCGUCGGUGUGGACGGUGGAUGCGGCGAGCAAGCAUGGGGCUAAGGUGGCCGAUUAAGCCUUAGACACACAUUUGGCUUGCGAUCGUACUCCUGGACGGUGGGCCAUGGGGCAGCGGCAGAUGGCAAGCCAUGGGGCGGCGGAAAACAGCAGGCCAUGGGGCGGCGGAAAACAGCAUGCCAUGGGGCGGCGGCGGCAGGCGGGUGGAUGUAUGGAGGUGUGAAAAUGGAGGCUAGGGUUAGGAGAAAAGAGUAGAAGCUUAGGGUUUUAUAGAUAUAACCUAAAGGGUAUAUUUUUCCACCUAAAUUAUUUAUUUAUUUAUUUAUUUAUUACGAAUUUUAUUUAAAUUUUAUUAAUUUUAAUGUUAUUUUGGUAAAAAAGCUAGUUGGGUCAUAGAUUGGGAAAGUUGGGAAGUUUUAAUCAUACCUUGGUUAAUUAUCUCUUAUCAGUAAUGUAUCACUACUAUGAUCUUUGUUUAUGUUAUACUAUCAUCUGUAUUGUAUUAGUCGCAACAUUGAAAUUUAUAUACUAUUCAUGUACUCUACUUUAACUACAUUUUAUUUAU